AUGCAUGUAAUCAUUCACAAACGCAAACUGGAACAUCAGCCUACGGUUCGAAUCUACGGUCCGGGUGUAGAAAAAUCCAAAACUAGUGUCGUUGUGGGAAAACCUGUCGAAUUCUAUGUGGAAGGCCUGGCCGAUGCUGUUCCACCGUCCAUUUAUCGCACAAUCAGUGACACAAAUUUGGAGUCGGUUCUACGUGCCGAAUGCCAUGAUGUCACAGGGACUCCCGUACCUAUGCGUGUUUAUCACCGAUCCGAUGGCACUGUGGUCUAUAUGUACACACCAACCACAACUGGAGUGCACACGAUUUCGGCCACCGUGGCCAAUGUCCCGCUUCAAGGUGCUCCAUUCCGAGUUAAUGUGGCCGCAGAUGUCCAACCGGAGAAGGUCAAAGUUUAUGGUCCCGGAUUGAACGAUGCUCUGUUGAACGAACCGACUCACUUCAUUGUAGAUCCACGUGAAGCGUUUCCCGGCGAACAGACUCCCGAAACAAUCCGAAGUUACCCGGUAACCGUGCGUGCUGCGGACGAACACGGUCGUUCAGUCCCCGUGAAAGUGAACAAGCAACCCGAUGGCACAUACCGCGUUGAAUAUACUCCAGAUCCGAGCAUGAAUGAGGUCACCUUUACUCCAAUGCUGGGCAAUAUACCUACAUGCAAAUCUCCACUACGUGUCACCGUUCGACCGCCAUUCGAUACUCGCCGAAUUAGGAUCGUCGACCUAAAUACGACUAUGGCAGUUGGAUCAACACAGACAUUCCAUCUUAUUCCCGGACCGGAGCUGAAACUCUCCGAACCACCCACUGUUUGUUUUCGUUCGCUAUUUGGCACCGGUUCACUGGCUCCGGAAAGCGUUCAAGUUGAAACUACUGGAUAUGCGGUUACAUUUUGUCCCACUGUGGUGGGGAAGUAUCAAAUUACAGUUCAUCUAGGCGGCCGUGAUGUCAGUGAGCCUCGAAAUUUCGAUGUAAUCCCUUCAGAUUCGUCUUAUCUCGCCAACGGCCAUGAAACAAGAAUGUUCACCGGCUCACGACCUACAGACUCAGCUUUUGCUAGGACCAAUGCACCUGAAACGGUUUUCGUUGUUCGUACUGAGAUGUUCGUCCAGGUUACGCACAAAAAUCACCGUGUCACCGAUGCGAUGCCCGUCCGCGCAAAUCCUACUGUAUGUUGUAACGGUCACGGUUGUGGAACGCCACCCCCAGCUGCUCCGUCUUCGGUUCCCACUAAAGGAAUGACUGCAUCUGGUGAAAUUCAGACCCCUUCCACAUCACAGUCGUCCGCCGCCCAAACCACUGGAGUAUUUCAUUUGCACAUUCAGACCGAAUCAACUACAAUAAUAUCCGCCGAGUCAUUAACCUUGUAUUCGGUUCAAGAAGAACCCGAUGCCCAUAGAGCUGAAACCACUGGUACCAUCGGUUCUGUUUCAUAUAAACAGCCACUGACAUUAGAUCCUGAAGUCAAACAAGCUACUGAUUUGGAUGACUCAAAUCGUGACCCCGCUGGGCCGAAGUUGGGCGUGCACCCUCCACGACCUUAUAUAACAGAAAAAGAAAAGGCCAAUUUGAUCGCCAAAAGCAGAUGGCCCCAAGCAAGUCCAGACCAGUCAGCUACCAAAGUUUUCGCCGAAGGUCCUGGCUUGCUUCAAGCUCUGAUCAACCAGACGGCCACAUUCACCAUAGACAGUCGCAAUGCCCCAGCUGCACCACUUGGUGUCACUGUGACGGGACCAGGUGAGGCCACGAUCGAAUGUGUGGAUAAUGGGGAUGGUACAUGUUCUGUGACAUACACCCCCACUCAACCCGGUCGCUACAUCGUGAAUGUCGUGUACAAUGGUGAGGCACAUAUCCCAGGCAGUCCAUUCUUUGUGCAAGCGUUUCCGGCAAAUCGACCAGACCUGCGGACGGAUUUGUGUCUAACGUAUGGGCUUGGUGUGCGAUCAAAGGGAGUUUUCCGGGCUUCCUAUGUGAAGUUCACCGUGGAUGCAUCUGCCAUCGAUCCGACCGGACAGGGCACAGUAUCAGGAAUCUUGUGUGCUCCGGACAAUGAACGACUCACCUGUCAAGUCCAGAAUAAUCAUGACGGCACCUACACGUGCAGCUAUACUCCAUUGGAAGAAGGUAUGCAUCAAGUUGAACUCAGCUAUGAGGGAGUUCCACUCCCCGGAAGUCCAUUUGACGUGCUGGUUGUGCCGGGUUGUGAUCCAAACCGUGUAAAGGCAUAUGGUCCUGGCCUUGAGGAUGGCCCACACCUCACUCCUGGGACGAAAACACAAUUUCUGGUUGAUCUUACUGGGGCUGGUCAAGGCGGUCUAGGUCUCGCCGUCGAAGGACCGAGUGAAGCUCCCAUCGAGUGUCAGGACAAUCGUGAUGGGACUUGCACCGUAUUUUAUACACCCACGGAACCCGGCGCGUACGCCAUAUUUGUGCGGUUCAAUGAUACGAACAUCCCAAAGAGUCCCUUUUACGUGAAUGUCAAGGCGAAAGUGGAUCCAAAUCAGGUCCAAUGUUACGGGCCUGGAUUGGAGUCUGGACUUCUGCGUGCCGGUUGGCCGGCCUAUUUUACCGUGGAUACGAAAAAAGCUGGUGAUGCCCGACUCCAGAUCACAAUGCGCAAUUCUUCAUUUCAGGUCAUGUACACUCCCAAACCUGGUGCAGAGAUGCGUGCAGCUAGUAUUCAACCCUUGGGGACCGCUGCAGGGAAAGACCUAUCACAACCUCAACAUUAUCAUAAAAUCACUUACACUCCGGAAGCAGAAGGAAUUUGUCAAAUUGAGGUGAAGUAUGAUGGACGUCACGUUCCCGGAUCACCAUUCGCCGUGCAAAUUCGCAAAUCCUGUGAACCGGAGCGAGUAAAGGUUCUCGGGCCCGGGGUGGAGGGUCCAGUCCUUGCCAGUUUGCCGGUUACGUUCACCGUUGACGCACGGGAUGCGGGUAUGGGUGAUUUAACCCUUGGUCUGACGGAUCCGAAAGGUCAAUCCGUCCCCGUCCGUGUGGUACCAUUGUCCGUAGAUAAUGAGUCUGUAGUGACUAAUGGUGCGGUUCCCUCUGUCGCUAGUUUGGCCUCUGGUGAUGUCAGCGAUACUGGUCUACUCUCUUGUACAUACGAACCAUAUAUGGUCGGUCCGCAUGUGAUACACGUUAUGUUUGCUGGAGUAGAGGUGGAGAACAGUCCAUUCACUGUCCAAUGCGCAGCUACCGGUCGAGCCGAUCAAUGCCACCUCCGAGAAGGCGUUAAAGAUGUUGUAGCGGUGGGCGAAGAAUAUAAGAUAACAGUAAACACGGCCUCGGGUGGCAAAGGUCGUCUCACUUGUCAGGUGGUUCAACAACCGGUUGGUCAAUCAGCCGCGUCAGCCACCUUGUUGCCGGUGGAAACUGAAGACAACCGGGACGGGACCACAAGUGUAUACUAUACUCCCACUCAGUUGGGUCAGUUAGCCGUCGAACUACGCUAUGGUGGGCAGCUGAUACCAAACGGGGAAUUCACGCAGAAAGUUGUUACUCGGGAAGAGUUUGAAGCGCUCUCGAAGCCAGUUGUUGUCUAUCGUCCGGUGGAAUUUCGUCUUCCCUCUCCCAGAGGUGAUGUGGAAAUUGAGAGUAUCGUCGUUCGCCCGUCCGGGGCUCAGCAGCACGUACCGCAUACGGUGAACAACGAUGAUACCAUUACCAUAACAUACGAACCGGUGGAGCAAGGCAUGCAUGAAUUACAUGUGAAUACGUUCUCUGCCGUAAAAUCUGGAAGUACUCGAGGCAGUACCGUAGCUAUGCCUCUUCAAGGUAGUCCAUAUCGAUUUUAUGUGGAUAACGUGGCUACUGGACGCGUAACCGCCUAUGGUCCUGGCCUCAGCCAUGGUCUGACCAAUCAACCGGCCGAGUUCACCAUUGUCACGAAGGAAGCCGGUGGAGGUGGCCUGUCUUUAUCGGUUGAGGGACCAUCGAAGGCUGAGAUCACGUGUAAAGAAAAUGACGACGGAACAUGCAGUGUUAGUUACUUGCCUCUAGCCCCGGGCCAGUACCACAUCUCCAUCAAAUUUAUGAAUCAGCACAUAUCCGGGUCGCCUUUCAUGGCCAAAAUUACGGGUGAUGUUCUCAAGCGUGCCCAAUUGAGCAUGGGUGCACCCAGUGAUAUAGCCUUGGAGGCACUCGGAGACGAUAUCGCAACACUGACUGCAUGCGUGCGCAGUGUAUCCGGUCGCGAAGAGCCGUGUGUACUCAAACGUCUUCCUAAUAAUCGUCUUGGCAUCUCUUUCACCCCGAAAGAAGUUGGUGAGCAUUUGAUCAGCGUUUUCCAAGCCGGACAGCAUAUUGCAAACAGUCCGUUCCGCAUUAGGAUUUCCGAGAAAGAAAUUGGUGACCCCCGCCGCGUGCGAGUCAGUGGCCCCGGACUGAUUUCUGGAUUUGCCAACCAACCGAAUCAGUUCACAGUUGACACACGCGAUGCCGGUUAUGCCGGUCUCAGCUUAUCUGUUGAAGGCCCAAGCAAAGCAGAAAUAGAAUGUCAUGACAAUCACGACGGCACCUGUUCAGUGAUCUACACCCCGACCGAACCGGGUCCAUAUGUUAUCAAUGUAAAGUACGCAGAUAUGCAUGUUCCGAACAGUCCUUUCUGUGUGGACAUUGGAGGAGAAGCAACGACACGUGUCACAGAACGCAUCACACGUCGUCGCGAAGCCUCAUCCGUCACAAAUGUGGGCAGUCGGUGCGAACUCAGUCUACGGGUAACCGACACUAACCUUCGUGAUAUGACGGCCUCCGUCACGUCGCCUUCGGGACAGAAAACAGCAUGUGAAAUAGUUCCCGUAGACGCGGAUCACUACAAUAUCAAGUUCGUCCCACAGGAGAUGGGAGAGCAUCUGGUGACUGUAAAGCACCGAGGAAUCAAUAUAGCAGGUAGUCCAUUCCAAUUCACCGUCGGUCCUAUCACGGAUGGGGUCGCGAAUAAAGUACGUGCUAUCGGUCCCGGGUUGCAGCAAGGUCUCACUCAUGAAAAUAACGAGUUCACAAUCUACACACGAGAGGCAGGGGCAGGAACACUGGCCAUUGCGAUUGAAGGUCCAAGCAAAGCAGAUAUUGAAUGCGAGGAACGUCGCGAUGGUUCUUCCCUCGUGUCUUACCGCGUUUCAUUGCCUGGUGUGUAUACAUGCUCGCUCAAAUUCAAUGACGAGCACAUUCCAUUCUCUCCGUUCCGAAUCUAUGUGACAGACUCCUCGCAAAUGGGUCGCAUAGCAUCCUACACACUGCAAUCGCAGUACGCUAGCACACGCGAGGUGACCUCCAUGGAUGAUGUGCCAUCUCAGGUGGGCCGCCCAGUCGCAUUUACCAUUCACCACGAGGAAUCUUCUGGUGAAGUACUGAAAGCCAAGGUUCAUGCUCCCUCUGGAUCGGUUGAGGACGCAAUCGUGCAACCGAUCGAUCAAGACCAAUUUGCGGUUCGUUUCGUUCCACGAGAAAGCGGUCCUCAUUUGGUUCAUGUUCACGCGGUUCCAGUAGAAUUCGCGGACCAGCCCGACUUGCCCCUCGGUCCGGGAUCACCCUAUCGUCCGAUUCAAGGAUCACCGUUCCGCCUGGUAAUCAGCCACCACGCAGCAGAUCCUGGCAUGGUACAUGCCAGCGGAGAGGGAUUAAGACGUGGCAAAGUCGACAUGAAAAACACGUUCUUCGUCAACACUGCCAAUGCAGGUAGUGGUGUACUUAAUGUGACCGUGGACGGUCCUAGCAAAGUCUCGUUGACCACACAAGAACAAGACGAGGGUUAUGCGUUCACCUACGUCCCUCCAGUGCCGGGAAUCUAUGAGAUAACCAUCAAAUAUGGCGGUAAUUUUCAUAUUGUCGGUUCUCCGUUCAAGGCUGAGAUUACUGGAACACCAAAACUCACGAGCGGUUCAUCUCGCGUAUCAGAGCAUCAGUCUCACGUUGUACUGGAAACUGUUAGCAAAACAACCACAACCUCAGCUUACGGUUCCGCAGAAAUGUCUGAUCGUCGGACUGGUACACAUGCGGAUCGUGUUCGUUGUCAGGGUCAUGGACUGAAACAUGCUGAUAUAGAAACUGUGAACUACUUCAAUGUGGACGCCAGUGAUGCCGGUUCGGAAGUUCUCCUGGUUGGUAUCUGCGGUCCGACUCGUCCGUUUGAGGAGGUGAAAGUGAAACAUUUGGGUAACAAUCAGUACUCUGUCUCGUACCGUGUGAACGAAUCGGGACGGCAUUGGCUAUUAGUCAAAUGGGGUGAUCAGCAUGUCCCGGGAAGUCCGUUCGUGGUGGAUGUACCCUGA